AUGUAUCGUUUCAGAGAAAAGCCGGGGGCGGAGAGGCCAUCCAGGACAGUCGUACACACGUUCGACCCGCAGACGGAGCAGGGCAGCGCAGGCAAGGGAAGACCAGGCCAGCGAGGCGAAGGCCCCCGGCCCCAGCCUCGCCGCCUCCCUCUCGCGGCCUUUUCCCCGCCCGGCUCCCCUUCCUGUGCGUGGCUGACGGGAAAGCUCCCUACGGCUCAGCUCCGCCUCCGAAGGAGGAAGGACCGGACACGCUGCAGGCAGGGGCACCGGCGAACGCCGAGCGGGCCGGACUUUCUGGCGUGCGCCGCGGCGGGCCCGGUGCUGGCUGCGAGGCGAGCCAUGGAGUGGGGCGCGCGGGGGUCGCGGGAGCACUUGGCUCGCGGUCGCGGUCGCGAUCUCCUCGGGCUGGGCGCGUUGCUGCUGCUCCUCUUGCUGGGACCCCGGAGUUGUGGAAAUGCCAAUUCAGUGACUUUGCCAGAGACUUUAUUGUUCGUUUCAACUCUUGAUGGGAGUUUACAUGCAGUUAGCAAGAGAACGGGGUCAAUUAAAUGGACUUUAAAGGAAGAUCCUGUACUUCAGGUACCACUGCACAUGGAAGAUCCUAGGCCAGCAUUUCUUCCUGAUCCUAACGAUGGAAGUCUCUACACUCUUGGUGGCAAGAAUAAUGAAGGCUUAACUAAACUGCCAUUCACCAUCCCUGAGCUCGUCCAGGCGUCCCCUUGCCGCAGUUCAGAUGGAAUUCUGUACAUGGGGAAGAAGCAGGACAGCUGGUAUGUGGUAGACCUCACAACAGGAGAAAAACAGCAGACUUUAACUUCUUCAUUUGCCGAAAGCUUGUGCCCAUCUACCUCACUGCUGUAUCUUGGCCGAACAGAGUACACCAUCACAAUGUACGAUACCAAGAGUAAGGAGCUCCGCUGGAAUGCCACUUAUUUUAACUACGCAGCCACGUUGCCUGAUGAAGAUGUUCAAUAUAAAAUGUCCCACUUUGCAUCUAAUGGAGAUGGACUAGUGGUGACUGUCGACAGCGAGUCGGGGGAUGUCUUGUGGAUCCAGAAUUAUGGCUCCCCCGUUGUGGCUUUUUACAUCUGGCAGCGGGAAGGCUUAUGGAAAGUGAUGCACACCAAUGUGGGAGUAGAAACCCUGCGCUACUUGACGUUCAUGUCUGGGGAAGUUGGGCGCAUCACUAAAUGGAAAUACCCAUUUCCCAAAGAAACAGAGGCCAAAAGCAAACUGAUGCCCACACUUUAUGUAGGGAAAUACUCUACUGGCUUAUACGCGUCACCAUCUAUGGUACAUGAAGGAGUGGCUAUUAUGCCUCGAGGAAGUCCCAUUCCAUUGAUAGAAGGCCCCAAAACACAGGGAGUCACCAUUGAAGAAUGUGUGAUCACCCCAAGCACCGAUCUAAGGUUUCAGCCUGGAUUUAAAUCAAAGAAAGGACUCCAUUAUCUGAGGAACCACUGGCUUUUAAUAGGGCAUCAUGAGACACCAUUAUCAGCCCCAACCAGGAUCCUGGAGAAAUUUCCAAGCAAUUUGCCAAAGCGUCAGGAAAAUGUGAUCCCAGCAGAUUCAGACAAAACUGUUUUUGAAGAGGCAAUUAAUAUGGCUGGAAGUCCCGGGAAAAAUUUGCCACACCCUGUUCCAGAGAAUGCCGGAGAGACAACCAGCCAAACUACACCCCGACCAGAGACUCCAGUUGAUUCCAUCCUGAAGGACUUUGCCACUGUUAUCUUGAGCACUUUCCUGCUAGUUGGCUGGGUAGCCUUUGUUAUCACAUAUCCCAUGAGCAUGCAUCACCAGCAACAGCGUGAGCAUCAGCAAUUCCAGAAACAGAUAGAAGAAAAGCUACAGUUGUUGAAGCAGCAGCCCUUCAGACCCCCCACAGAUCUUCCUCCCGAGGCAGAACUUCUGGAUGGCCCUUGUGUCAGGCAAGAUGGCUCAGCCACCAGCUCACCAAAUAUGUCACCAAAGACAUCAAACCACUCUGCGUAUUCCAACAUCUCUGCCUCGGAGGUUGGAAGCUGCUUUUCCACUGAACCAGAAGGAGAUGGAAACUCAGGCACUAUUGUGGUGGGGAAGAUUUCAUUCAAUCCAAAGGAUGUUCUUGGACAUGGAGCUGAGGGAACAAUUGUUUAUAGGGGCACGUUUGACAACAGAGAUGUUGCUGUGAAGAGAAUUCUACCUGAAUGUUUCAGCUUUGCUGACCGGGAGGUCCAGCUGCUGCGUGAAUCUGAUGAACACCCUAAUGUAAUCCGCUAUUUCUGCACAGAGAGGGACCGUCAGUUCCAGUAUAUUGCUCUGGAACUCUGUGCUGCCACCUUACAAGAGUAUGUGGAACAGAAGGACUUUGGUCAUCAUGGUUUGCAGCCAAUCAUCCUCUUACAGCAGACCAUGUCUGGUCUUGCAUAUCUUCACUCUCUCAAUAUAGUCCACAGAGAUCUGAAGCCCCACAAUAUCCUCAUCUCUAUGCCGAAUGCCCAUGGCAAGGUAAAAGCCAUGAUUUCUGACUUUGGCCUCUGCAAGAAGCUUGCGGUUGGCAGACACAGUUUUAGCCGCCGGUCUGGCGUCCCAGGCACUGAAGGUUGGAUUGCUCCGGAGAUACUGAGUGAGGACCGCAAAGAGAACCCAACCCACACGGUGGAUAUUUUUUCAGCUGGAUGCGUUUUCUACUAUGUGAUAUCUGAAAGUAACCAUCCAUUUGGCAAAUCCCUGCAGCGGCAAGCCAACAUUUUACUGGGCACAUACAGUCUGGAUUUCCUAAAUCCGGAGAACCAUGAGGACAUUGUUGCACGUGACUUGAUAGAGCAAAUGAUAAAUACAGAUCCUCAGAAACGACCUUCAGCUAAUUGUGUCCUGAAACACCCUUUUUUCUGGAGCUUAGAGAAGCAGCUUCAAUUUUUCCAGGAUGUGAGCGACCGAAUAGAAAAAGAAUCUUUAGACGGCCCAAUAGUGAAGGAGCUGGAGAGAGGAGGAAGAGCUGUGGUGAAGAUGGACUGGAGAGAGCACAUAACCGUCCCACUACAGACAGAUCUUCGAAAAUUCCGAUCCUAUAAAGGGGGAUCAGUAAGAGAUCUCCUGCGGGCAAUGAGGAACAAGAAACAUCACUAUCGAGAAUUGCCUCCGGAGGUGCAGGAAACACUGGGAUCUGUCCCCGAUGAUUUUGUACGCUACUUUACGUCACGUUUUCCUCAUCUUCUGCUGCACACCUACAACGCUAUGCACAUCUGCUCUCCGGAAAGACUGUUCCAGCCUUAUUAUAUGCAGAACUCAGCCAGGCAGAUUUUUCCAGGAGAUGCUGUUUGACAGUUGGAGUUGUCUUGCUUAUACUGGGCUGAGCAAUUGCCCUGCCUUAGCAGAGUGACUGGACCGACUGUAAGAGAGUAAACCAAACCAAACCAAACUCUUUUGAGACAGACUUCUCAAACGUGCCUUGUACUCUGCCUGCUCUGACUCAGGAAGGAAAUUCCGGGUUGGAAUCGAACCGAAGAAGGAAGGAACGGUGCCAGGACACAGGUUUCUAAAGGAGGAGCAGUCAAAAGAAGUUCCUAGAAAGAAAAGCAAGAUGGGGUAUCGUCCGUCUCCGCUUGAGACACCCUGAUUUCAAAGACACCUGUCCUGUAGGGUCUUCUGAUACUGGCAUUUGGGCCUUUUUACUGCACAGAAUGGUUUUUUAAAAAGUUUGAAACUGUAACAUUGCCAAGCACCUUUUGGAUCUCAGGAAGGAUCCUUUUAACUGUAGCAUGUCGUCUCUGUCCACGAUGUUCCACUGCCAGCUUGUGUACUUGAAGCAGAUAGGAAAUAAUUUUGAAAGGGUAUGUUGUAGCUUAAAUAUGCCGGAUCCAACACAAAACGUGUGCUCACCCGACCGGCCCACGAUACUGGUCUCCAGAUACUUCUGUGCAGAUCUAAACUUGUCCUUGAACUCACCAACGGGCAACUUCUGUACAGAGCUACUAGCUUACGGACAUGCAAUCAUAAUUCUAAAUACUACAUUGAUGGAGGAGUCUAUUCUAAUGCUGUUUCAGGUUUCUUUUCAGGAAUGUGAGUAGUUAGCUGUGUAACUGAGAUGCAAGAAUUGACAAAGUGCUUUAUUUCAUUUGUCAGGUUAAAGCUGUAACCAUAUCCUCUGUGCUCUUCCCUGGGCGUGCUACUGCAUUCAGUGGGGCUUGUUUCUGAGUAGACAAGUAUAAGAUUGCACUGUAAGAUGUUCAGCCAAAUGAACAGUUAGUAGAGAAAAUAGACUUUUUAAAAAUACAGUGAAACCAGGCAUAUGGUUACUGGGGUCCUCUUAGGUCAUGCAAAUCUACUUUUCUUCACCCACAGGCUCUCAUGGGAAGCUAAAUUAAUGGAUUUGCUUCCCUUCUGAAGGAUGCAGUUUCCCUUUCCAGCAUCUCUGAAACUAGAAGGUAUAGCUUUGUAGGUGCAGAACAAAUAAGAAUCCCCAACAGUGUGUUCCAAAGGUGACCUAUUUGUAAUGUUCUUUUACAAAAUAUUUAUUUUGUGUAUUUAUAUUUAUUUAAUUUUUACCAGAAGUUAGUACCACAUUGAAAAUGGUACAGGUGAAAGCAUGCCAAAUUGUUCCUUUUUCUAAUAAAACAAAGCCCUCUUUGGGGGAAGUAAUUGUUUUAAAAAAAUAAACAUGGAGAAGGAAAAACAUAGAAAGCAUCUUUUCCAUUGACUUGUUCAUUUUCAUUCAAUCGAGAUAAAAAUGUUUUAAGAUAAGGAAGUUUUUCAUCUGUGUUCCUGUGCUCUUUGUGUGUCUUAAGUUGGUAAAUUAUUAAUGGCUAAUUGUGUGAUCGGGCAUUAAUAUGGGGACUUGGUUUCUGCUUUGUUUUUUGUCCUGUUCAUUUAGGGCCUCAUAUUACAGGGAGAUUUUUUUCCCCUAGUUUUAUGAUACACAACAAACAUUAAGUAAGAUAUCCAAAGACAGACAUUACAGGAUUUCAAAGCUUGAAAAUAAUUAUAGUCUUAACCUAAUUUAAUUGAAAUCAUAUUUUUGUAGUUCUAUUUGUACAGGACUUUUAUAUUCCUUCUGAAUAAGAACUUCACACAAAUCAAGAAUAAAAGUAGAUUUUGAAA